CCCAGAGAGCAGGAGGGGUCUCAGUGCCGCCCCCCAGUCACAUUUGGGAGCCAGGAGUUGUGUUCCCUCCCUGCUCGUCCCCCCGCUGUAUUCACAUCUCCUGCCUGGCUGCCGGAUAUGGACCAAGGAGUCUCCUUUCCGGGGGGAGAGCGGAUAAGCAUCUGCAGUGACAUCACGGAUUCCCAGUUGUUACGUUUCCCAGUGGUCACAUUGGAAAGGAUAAAAACCAGCCCAGUGGAAUAUCACAAAAACAUCAAUACUAUUCAUGGGAGAGGUGCUCCCAUAAACUCUGUGGCUCAUUUCAAAGCAAAUCCCGGAAGCAUUCGAUUGGAUGCAGAUAUGGACCAAGGAGUCUCCUUUCCGGGGGGAGAGCGGAUACGGAUCUGCAGUGACAUCAUGGAUUCCCAGUUGUUACGUUUCCCAGUGGUCACAUUGGAAAGGAUAAAAACCAGCCCAGUGGAAUAUCACAAAAAAGGCAACACUGUUCCAGGGAAAUAUGCUGAACUGCCAAUCAGAACCGGGCCUAAUGGGGAGAGCAGGAGGAACGCCGGUAUUACUGUAUUUAGACUCAUUCCCUGCGGAACAGGAAAAGGGAAAGAGAAUAAAAGCAACAGGUUGAUUGAACAACCAAAGAAUCUGAAGAACUACAAGCAAAGAGAAGCUGAAAUGGACAGUCAUAUAAAGAGGACUUUAGCAAUAAAAGGUGAAAAAACUUCCCCACUAAUCCCUGAAAGCCACAAGGUGCCUGCACAAAGCACAAAGAGAAGUGAGUUCUGUAGCGCCCAGAGCUCCAUCCAACCUUUUCUCUGUACAAAGUGUGAGAGACGAUUCCGUAGCAACGAGGACCUUCUCUCCCACAAACGGAUUCACACCGGGAGGCCAUUUGUCUGUGCUGUUUGUGGGAAAUGCUUCUCACACAGAAUCAUCCUCCAAGCGCACCAGUGGCUUCAUACUGGGGAGAAACCAUUCCCCUGCUUUCUGUACAAAAGGGGCCUUCACCAACAUCAGCAAAUCCACCAGAAGGGGAAACCAUAUGUCUGUUCUACGUGUGGGAAAACAUUAGCAUCCAAACAAAGUCUUGCUCAGCACCUACUGAUUCAUGCAAAUGUAAAACCUUAUUCCUGCUCUGAGUGUGGGAUUCACUUCCGACUGAAGGGAUCUCUUAUUAGGCACCAGGGGAUCCACACUGGAGUCAAACCGUAUCAUUGUACUCAGUUUAGAAAACGCUUUUCCCGUAAGGAAGUCUGUUCUACAUGUGGCAAACAGCUGAAGAGCAAAUUCUCUCUUAACCAACACAUGAAAAUUCACAGCAACAUAAAACCUUUUGCCUGUUCUGAGUGCAGCAAAUCCUUCCGAUUAAAGGCCUGUCUUCAGCUGCACCAAAGAACCCACACUGGAGAGAAACCAUAUACUUGUAAUGAAUGCAGAAAAAGCUUUGCCCAGGUUGGACAAUUAAAGGCCCACUAUCUAAUUCACACUGGUGAAAAACCAUUUGCUUGUUCUGAAUGUGGAAAAGGAUUAAGGUCAAAAGAGGCUCUCCGGGCGCACCUGUUGUGUCACACUGGGGAGAAGCCAUUUUCCUGCUCAGAGUGUGAUAAAUCAUUUAGAGUAAAGUCAAGUCUUCAAAUCCACCAGCGCGUUCACACGGGAGAGAAACCAUUUGAGUGUAAAGAGUGCGGGAAAUGUUUCCGGAUUAAGACGAAUUUCAAAUCACAUCAACUAACCCACACUGGGAUUAAACGGUUUGAAUGCUCUGAGUGUGGGAUGCAAUUCAGUCACAAGAACGGACUAAUUAAGCAUCAGUUCAUUCACACCGGGGAGAGGCCAUUUGAAUGUGUCACGUGUGGGAAAAGCUUUAGUCGUAAAUUUACCCUCAAUAAGCACCAGUUAGUCCACACUGGGGAGAAACCCUAUGUCUGUACUGAGUGUGGAAUGGGCUACAAGGAUAAGAGGAGUCUGGUUGCUCAUCUUCGGACUCACACAGGAGAGGCAGGUAUUCCUUGUACUGAGUGUGGGAAAACCUUCCUGUCAGAGAAAAACCUUAAAUUCCACAUGCAGACACACACUGGGGUGAAGCGUUUUGCCUGCAAAGAGUGUGGGAAAUCUUUCUCAAAAAAGUCACAGUUUGAGACUCACAAGCUAAUGCAUGCUGGGAUAAAGCCCUUCCAAUGUGCCGAGUGUGGAAAACUGUUCCGGCACAAGAGUUAUUUUAAAAUACACCAGUUAAUUCACACUGGAGAGAAACCUUUUGUCUGUCCAGAGUGUGGGCUGGGGUACACGACCAAGACAAGCUUAAAAAAUCACCUUCUCUGUCACACAGGGGAGAAACCAUUUGCAUGUAAAGAAUGUGGUAAAAAAUACCUUCAGCAGAGAUCCCUCAAUAAACACAUGGAGACGCACCGUGCGGAGAAACCAUUUGAAUGCUCCGAAUGUGGGAAAAAGUUACGUAGCAAGUAUGGACUCCAAAAGCACCAGCUAACUCACACAGGGGAGAGACCCCACGUCUGUACUGAGUGUGGGAAACGCUUUAGGGAUAGAUACCAGCUCAGCAUUCAUCUUCGGACUCACACUGGAGAGACGCCAUUUAAAUGUGAAGAAUGUGGGAAAGUUUUUGCUUCAAGCACAAAUCUCCAGGUCCAUAAAGUGACACACACGGGGGAAAAGCCAUUUACCUGUGAGAAGUGCGGCAAAAGCUUCACCCAGAAGUCAAAUCUGAACACUCACCAGCUGGCUCAUGGGGAAAAGAAGUUUAAGUGUGAGGAGUGCGGGAAAUGCUUCUCCUAUAAGAGUUCUCUCCAGACUCAUGAGCGGACCCAUACUGGAAAGAAACCGUUCAGCUGCACUGUGUGUGGGAAAAAGUUUCCGCACAAGAGUAUCCUUAAUAGACAUCAGCUCAUUCACACCAAGGACAGGAGUACGGAUGAAGGCUCCCAUACAGACUCUGAGCUGUCCCCAUGCACUGAUACAGACUCAGGGGAACCCCUGACCACAGACUGAAUAAUAUCAAUGAGCUACAGAUACUCAGUAGUUGGGUAUAGCUUACUCCUGGGGCCUAGUGCUACUCACCUCUCUCUGGGGCUGCGGCCCGUAUCUCUCCUACCUACCUAUCACAUCUAUUCCAGAGUAGAGGGACAUAUUAGGGAGCUAUUAGGGACCCCCACCAUGACUACGACCAACUCCAACCUUAUUUCUACCCUCCUGAAACAUAAACAUAUACAAGUUUCUAAUUGUGGCUCCAAAAACGUGACUUUUGUUGAGUUAUCGCACAAAAACCCAGCGUCAAAAAUCCGAAACCUCUAAAGUUUCUUGAGAAAAGAAGGAACUUCAAGGAAAGUGAAGGAACAUCUGCCAUUGGCUUCUACACAAACUCGGCAAGUUUUACCCGGCGAAUUGUCGGAGUUUUAGCCGUUUCCCUGUGAAUUUUAGGGCUAAAAAUCCGAUUUGAAGAGAAAAAAAAAAACCAAUGGUUAGUAAAUGGGCCCCUAAAUAUCACAAUUUCUCUUCUUUAACCCUUUCAGUGCCAGAAGAUCUGGGGUUUCCUGCAAUUUUAUUGCAACUUUUAUUUUACUUAGGAAAGCUUUAUAUUGUUUGUUUUUUUCAGGACAACACAAUUUUUUAAAAUAUACUAGGAUUGUUGUGUA